UUUAAGGAGAUUUGAAAUGGUCCUAUUGUCCAUGUUGGAUCACAUACUCCUGUUAUUCUCUUCUAGUGGCUGGAGCUCCACCUGAAGCAGCAGAUCCCCACCUCCCUGCUACUGCUGUCUCGAGCCAUGUUCCUCCCCGACACCCUUUCCCCCGCCGACCAGCUGAAGACCACGCUGCAGACGCUGCCCGAGAUGGUGGUACGUUAAAGGGAAGGUGCGGAUGUUUUGAAGUGGAGUUGUCCGAUGUCCUCAUCCAGUCGGGUUGUUAACUCCACGAGAUGGUGGUCGUUGCGUCUCCAGUUUGGAGAAGCAGGAGGACCAGCAUGAGAGCGAAGCUAUGAACUGCUGUGGACGUAUUUUAGACGCCGAAAAAGAAACAUCUACGCUCUACUUGGAAUAUUUCCCCUGCUUUACCUCGCUGCCAGUCGGCCCUUUCUGACGGGUUACAUCCAUCGAUGUUGUCUCCUCAAAGCCUCAAGACUGUCUAGCUCAGCUCUGGGCAUUUAGGAUUUUCUUUGUGGAUAAUGUUUUUUUAUAGAAAGAUAUAUUUUAGUUCUCGAUCCUCCUCUUUCCCAGACAAAGGAGGCCCAGCUGAUGGUGGCAGAGAUGGCGCUCUCCAAAGUGGACAAUAAGGCCAAACUGGAGUCUACGCUAAAGGAGGAGGCGGCCAUACGCCAGGACAACAAGGACAGGGAGAUGGAGCGGUUGGCGGACGCUGCAGAGAAGGCUGCCCGGGAGGGCGAGUUGGAGUUGGAAGCAGAGUCGGUCAAAGCUGACAUGGCUGCUCAUUCAGAGACGCUGAGGGACACGGCGCCGGUCAUAGAAGGGCUCAAGUGGCAGAGAUUCCCGCGGCCCCAGGUUAGGUUUGACGAUGUCUCUCCUCCCAAAAGACCCUCACAGCUUCACCAGUGUCUCCCCGCACGCACACUAUCUGUUUUUUCUCUGAGCAGACCCCCCAGAUGAGGGUGAAACAGGACUUGCAUAUGAUUCUGGCAUUUAAAAAAAAAUUAUAAUAAUCUUUUCUGUGCAAUGACAAUAAAAUUGAAUCUGGAUCUGAAUCUGAAAAGGGAAGAAAACUUCAGGAGAGCAACAGAGGAGGAUCCCUAGAUGGACAGAAGCAAUAGAUGUCAUGUGUACAGGAUGAACAGCGUUAGAGAGUUACAACACUCAAGGGCCUGGCCUCGUUAGCCUCUUUUCGCAAUGCCUCCUGUUAGGUGGACCGGCCUCCUGCCUCCGUGGCCCUGCCUCCUGCCAUGGCCCUGCUGAUACCCCCCCUCGUCCUCUCUUCCUCCUUCUGUUUCAUGGAUUGUGGAGCUAUGGAUCUGGGUCCAUGCCUACUACUCAUUAUUCAGAAAUGUCUGUCAUAUUCAUUGAAUGUGUUUAUGUAAACAUUGAUCAAAUCGUGUAGAGGGCCAGAGAAAAUCACGGAGUCCGACAGUGUCUUGGCAUACACUACCGUUCAAAAGUUUGGGGUCACUUAGAAAUGUCUUUAUUUUUCAAAGAAAAGCACUGUUUUUUCAAUCAAGAUAACAUUAAUCAAAAAUACACACUAUACAUUGUUAAUGUGGUAAAUGACUAUUCUAGGUGGAAACGUCUGGUUUCUAAUGAAAUAUCUCCAUAGGCCCAUUUCCAUCAACUAUCACUCCAGUGUUCUAAUGGUACAUUGUGUUUGCUAAUCGCCUUAGAAGACUAAUAUCUGAUUAGAAAACCCUUGUGCAAUUAUGUUAGCACAGCUGAAAACAGUUAUGCUGGUGAUAUAAGCUAUACAACUGGCCUUCCUUUGAGCUUGAAGUUUGAAGAACAAAAUUAAUACUUCAAAUAUUAAUCAUUAUUUCUAACCUUGUCAAUGUCUUGACUAUAUUUUCUUUUCAAUUUGAUAAAUAUAAGUGAGUUUUCAUGGAAGACACAAUUGUCUGGAUGACCCCAAACUUUUGAACGGUAAUGUAUGUACAAACCGAUUCCAUAUUAAUUUUAGUGACCUCCGAGUAAAGUAAUCGUGAGUCAUUACCUCCGACGUGUAUUACAAACUUACUGUAUUCACGCUUAUCUUUGGCCAGCAGUUUUAAACGAGAUUAAACGUCGCCCGCUUUAUGUAGUCAGGGGCACACCUGCACACAUACUUUUAGCGUGCACUGCUUGGAAGCUUCUGCGAUUUAUUUAGCCAGAACAAAGAUAGCUUUCACAUUAGCAUCCUUUCUGGCUGUAGCUUUUGUGAACAUAUUCUGCUGCGAUUGUAGUCUGCCAUUUAAUUGUGACAAUUGUAUGUUUUUCUUGGAGGCUAGAUUUAACGUAGCCUACUUGGCUCUGUGUUUGGUGUCAGAAUGUCAAUGUAAAUUGUAUUCCUUCCAGUGGCCUUCU